UCUCUGUUCAGGGGGGAGAGCCAGCGCUGCACAGGGACGGAGAGCCGGAGUGUGCAUGUGCGUUUGAGGAAGCAAGACGUGGAUUUCAGCUCAGAUGGGAUGUGAGUGAGGACAAACAACAAGUUCAACCCUUCAGAAACAAUUCUCCGAGUCUUGACAGCAAAGAAAAACUCAUUUCAAAGAGUCCGUAGUGGCAAAGCAAUGUAAUACCAGAGAGCAUAACUGAACUAGAGGACUACUCAAAGAGCAAACAAGUGCAGGAUUGGUUCUAAAGCCAAGAGAUCCAUGCAUUUCGAACUCUAAGGUCUUGCAAGCAACAUUUGAGGUCUGUGUGGAGAGGUUUGGAGGUUUCAGCGAUGUCUUUCGCUAUGGUGCGACCGGCUCCCAGCCGAUACUUGUAUUCGGAGAUCUCAAUGAUGUCAGAAGAUGAGGAAAAUGGCAGUGAGAGCUCAGGCUCGGAUGACCGAUCUUUUCGCUUGGACUCCUCGGGAUAUGACCUUAAAGUUGGAAGAAAGCGGAAACCUGGUGUAGGAGGUGGUGGACGGCUGAUAGGGUCACCACCCAACUCCAUGAGUACAAUGGGUCCACUACCAGAGGGCCGCCAACGCAACGCAGCCAACGCACGGGAGCGGGAUCGCACCAACAGCGUCAACACGGCCUUUACCGCGCUGAGGACUCUCAUCCCCACAGAGCCUGCCGACAGGAAGCUGUCCAAGAUUGAGACCUUGCGGUUGGCGUCCAGUUACAUCUCCCACCUGGGAAACGUGCUCCUGGUGGGUGAAGCUUGCGGGGACGGACAGCCAUGCCACAGCGGAGGGCCCUCGACUUCAAACUACUACCACCACCACGGCUCGCCAAACCGGGACUCGGAGAACUCGCAGCCCAAACAGAUCUGCACAUUUUGCCUCAGCAACCAAAGGAAAAUGAGCAAAGACAGAGAGAGGAAAUCAGCCCUGAGGAGUUAAGCCACGACGUGAAAGGAUUUACCAAAUAUCGUCAUCAUCAUCACCAAUGUACAAAAGCUGUUGACUGCAAAACGCAAAUGUUGUGGUGUAUAUAUGCAAAUAUCAAUUUAUAUUUAAUUAUUUGUAAAUCGCCGUCAGACUGGAGCAUUUUAUUGGAGAAAAAAAAAACCCAAAAAAAAAAAAAACCCCAAAAAUAAUAUGUAUGACUGGAAAAAGACCAGACUGCAGCGACUUGAUUAUGCAAGAGCUGAACAUCCUGCCAUUUCCAUCUUUUCUGUCCAAUUAAACACCAAGCUACAGCAAACAUUUAUUUCUGACCACAAGGAACAGAGGUAAAACUAUUCACCAAAGACUAUCUGAAUAAGAGGACUGCAUUUACAGAGUUGGAAAUGCUACAUAUGGAGCCUGGCUUUGCAAAUCAGAACGAUGAAGGAACAUCUUCCAAUAAUCCAAAUCAAAGAGGACCUUGGAAAAGUGCUCAUAUUGAGGACACGAAUGAAUGCAAACUGAUGUGUGGCACGUUAUUUCUUACAAAAAAAAAAAAAAAUCCAAAGACACUUAGCCUGACUAUGAAAAUGCAAUAAAUUCAAUAAAUGCAGUAUACUGUAUGUCUAAUGGCGAAUGACAUAUAUUCUUCAUUGUUUAAAUUAAAAAUGACUGAACAAACA